CUAGAGGUCAAGAGAUCGUUCGAUCACACACUGACCGAUCGAUCCCUGCGACUGCGUGCCUGCUCGAUCUGUGCCUAGCUCGGUCUAAGCAGAAGCAGGCAUGGUCACUAUGGGCAAGAAGGUAGACCAAGAACAGAGCUACUACAACGACUGGGCCCACAUCGACCACGGCGUCGACGCCGACGGCCGCGCGACGGAGCUGCGGCCGCUGGCGCUGUCGCGGCCGCACACUCAGGCGUUCCACCUCGCCUGGCUCUCCCUCUUCGCCUGCUUCUUCGCCGCCUUCGCCGCGCCGCCCAUCCUCCCGGCGCUGCGCCCGGCGCUCGUCCUCGCGCCCUCCGACGCCUCCGCGGCCGCCGUCGCCUCGCUCUCCGCGGCUCUCGUCGGCCGCCUCGCCAUGGGCGCCGCCUGCGACCUCCUCGGCCCGCGCCGGGCGUCCGGGGUCGCCAGCCUCGUCUGCGCGCUCGCGCUCGCCCUUGCCGCUGUCUACGCGUCCUCGCCCGCGGGCUUCGUCGCGCUGCGCUUCUGCGCGGGCCUCUCGCUCUCCAACUUCGUCGCCAACCAGCACUGGAUGUCCCGCAUCUUCGCGCCCUCCGGCGUCGGCCUGGCAAACGCCGUGGCCGCGGGCUGGGCCAACGUCGGCAGCGCGGCCGCGCAGGUCGUCAUGCCGCUCGCCUACGACCUCAUCGUGCUCCGCCUCGGCGUGCCCAUCACCGUCGCGUGGCGCGUGGCCUACCUUAUCCCGUGCGCAAUGCUCAUCACCACCGGCCUCGCCGUGCUCGCCUUCCCAUACGAUCUCCCGAGCGGCUGCGCCUAUGCUGGAGGCGGCAAAGGCGCCAAAGGGGAGGGCUUCUGGAAGGUGGUGCGCGGAGGAGUCUGCGACUAUCGGGCGUGGGUGCUGGCGCUCACCUACGGCUACUGCUACGGCGUGGAGCUCAUCAUGGAGAACGUGGCGGCCGACUUCUUCCGCAGGCGGUUCCGGCUGCCCAUGGAGGCCGCGGGCGCCGCCGCGGCGUGCUUCGGCGUGAUGAACACCGUGGCGCGGCCGGCGGGAGGGGUAGCGUCCGACGUGGUGGGAAGGCGUUUCGGUAUGCGGGGGAGGCUGUGGGCGCUCUGGGCCGUGCAAAGCACCGGCGCGGUGCUGUGCGUUCUGGUCGGCAGGAUGGGUGCCACGGAGGCUCCGUCGCUGGCGGCCACGAUGGCGGUGAUGGUGGCUUGCGGGGCGUUCGUGCAGGCCGCCUCGGGGCUUACCUUCGGCAUCGUUCCCUUCGUCUCCAAGAGGUAA